AUGGCUGAGACCAGGCGACUUACGGACCUGAUCCACGGUCACGUAGGAAGUCUUACUUAUAUACCACCUGAGAAUGCGACAGCGCAGCCUGGGACUUUUCACUCCAGUCGCGUAACAGCUGAAGCGCCUCACUUCAAAGUUAUUGGGUCUUCGGCAGAGUUAUACCCGCCUUCAAAAACUCCUGCUCCGGAGAUCUCGUCCAACCUAUGGCAGGAGAGAAGAGUACAAAAGCGAUGGCUUCUUCAGGCUCACCCCGAAGCCUUCAUGGGCAACUCAGCACUAUCGAAUCUAUUGCAGGAGAACAUGAAUCGCUACUCAAAGGUCGAGGGCGAAAUUAGCGAUCAAUCAUUACUUGCUAUCGGCCAAAUGACGAAUGUGUCGGAUCACUCGAGAAUCGCUGGAUCACCCAUGCUUGCGGCUGCUACGGGAGAGUCAGGGGAGCUGCUUCGACUGGCUCGGAUCGAUCAAUCGAAAUGGAAAUGGGGACAAGAUAAGCGUACGACUCUUCAGCCCUCUGUCAUUGACCCUGAUGAUCCCGAGGAAGAGGCCAUUUGGGCCAGCGAUGGUCUGCCGAUCUCUCAAGUCAAAUUCGCAACUAGUCUCGCACGAUAUGAUGCCGUUCGCUGGCUCAUCGUUCAGAAGCAAACUUCAACCACGAUUCUCCAUCCAGAAUAUCACAAGGUCCCGGUAGCUCAAUCGUCAGCCUCCGAUCUCAACAUUCAUCAAUCACGACUGUCGCGGAUCGAUCCUAACCCGAUCCUGACCGUCUCUCAUAAGAUGACUGGCGGUAACGCGCAGGUAGAUGUCUCUUUCAAUCCAAAUUCUAAGGGCCUACCACCACAGAUUGCCAUCAUCGACGAGUGCGGAUAUUGGUCAAUAUGGGACAUCAUGGGGGGAAACAAGCUGAAAACACGACUUAUACCUUAUUCGUGUGGACAUGUUUCAGAUGGACUACUGAACGAAUUACCCUCCACGACAGAGCAUCCUGCCGAAAAACAUGGAGUUCUAUUCGUCGGCACAGCCAAAGUGGACAGUUUCUGGGAGGAUGGUUCACAAAGUGCUGAUGACUCUGGAGGAUUAGCACAACGAUCAAGUCAUCUGCUGAUCUGGAAUAGGGAGAAGUACGAAGUUAUCGAUCUCGUAUCGCACAUAGCUCUGCCUCAACUCUCGUUGUUGGCUCGUCCAAAGUCCAAGCCUGAUGCAAUUCUUGACAUAAGAGUCAGCCCAGCCAACCAAAAUCACAUAUUUGUCUUAACCAUGCGCGCUAUUUACUGGAUCGACUUAUUUGCGAAAAGCAGGCAGGAGGAGGAAGGGCCAAAGCCGACUAUUCUAAUAUCUUGCCCUCGUUUGUUGGACAGAGAAGGAUUGCGCAUGACAACAUGCCUUACGUCAGAAGGUGGACAAGAGGCUGCUAUGGUGUUUGUCUUUUCUCCGAUUCAUAGACAACUUCAAACCUACUGGUUCGGGCGGUCAAUGGAAACCGGCCUUCCUUAUUGGCACCGCGACACCCUCACUCUUCCUCAAAAUAGCGAUUCGACCAGUAGCGAUAUUCAAUCACUCGAAAUCCACCCGGUCAAGCUCACACGGGACGGGGACGCUUCAUCUGGUCUUGGAGCCGAUUACUACUGUGCGGGAGUUCAGUUCUACCAAGGCAGCAUUCUAAGUAAGAGUUUGGGUGUGCAAUACUGCAUCUGUGUCUCAGUCAAAGACCGCAAUAUGCCGAUUACGCUGCCUAGUGGGCGGGUUGAUCGUAACAAGUCAGAUCAAGCGCAGCGCUGGAAAAAGAAACGCAAACAGUUCAUUCGACAUAUGGGCAGCACGUUUGUGCUUCCUGAGGGCAUGGCUGAUGACAACAUCAAAGAUGUGGUAAAACUUACCAAUCGAUCUAAGGACCUCGAUAAGAUCAAUAGCAGAGCAUCUGCAGUUUUCGGGCCCAUAAGCUUGAACCUAGAUGGCUUGUGCCGCACCCUUCAACAGACUCUUCACGCUAUUUCAGACAGUCUUCAUGAUAUACCGCCCGCUUUACUCGCAGCUAUUCAGGAAAAUAUCACUGAGGGUGUGGCUGAAGGAAGACUUCCCAUGAAAACUUGGAAAGAAAUCGGCGACGAGCUUGGUCCGAUACAUCUACGAAAUGGUUUUCACGAAACACAACCCGAUAUGCUCGACUUGUUUGCAGGCGAUGAUGGACAAACAGUCGUGACGCAACUCGGGAGACAGACUUCGCAGGAGUGGAUUCGGGAACUUGUCAGUUUGUCACAUCUUAACCAAACAUACGUUGAUCUCUGGCUCGAUCCGCUGGAAGGAAGAAUACCCCAGCAAGAGGAGGAAAUAAGAAGGGGGUGGAUCGCAGACUUGGCUAAGGAUAUGUUUCUGGCAACAGCUGGAGUCAUGGUUCAAGAUAUGCCUCUUCUAGGACCUGCAAGCAAGGAGGAGGAUGGGCGAAUUCAACCCACUCAGUCGAGUGUAAUUCGAAUCAAAUCAUCUCAGUCAUCGGAAGGUGGGAUUCCUUCAUCACCUCCCAGUGCGACACCAAACAGCACCAAUGAUGCAGCGGUCAGGCGACUACAGCUCCUCGCACCAUCAUUGAGAUUGGACAAGAUGGCAAACGCCAAACAGUCCAACGUGUUGUCAUACUGGCCCACUGAGCGUGGUGUUAGUACAGACGACUACAUGUCUAGCGUUGCUAUUGCUAGCGAUAGAAAGUUUGACGAGGCAAGAUUGCGACUGCAAAGAAUCGAAAACAAACGCAAGGCUCAGAACGACAGGUACAAACUUCCACCGUUCAUGAGAGAGGGUAGAGAACCGAAGGCCAUGAAGACUUCCGUGCGAACUACGGCGGGCAACCCCAUGUCUUCGCCGAUGCGUCCUCGGAGAGAAGAGCCUAUGGCGCUGCCACCGAUAUCUGUUGCUCCCACGCCUCAAACCAUGUCGAGCCAGCAAGGCAUACCUUCGUCUUCACAGAGUCAAGGACUCUUUGGGCCAUCGUUUGCCAUGAGCCAGCCCGUAUCGGGUAUCUUUGGAGAUAGGAAGAAGGCUAAGAAGAAUAAGAGGAAGAGUGGAUUUAGAUGA